AUGAUAGAGAAACUCGUGGCGGGAAUCGUGAACACUUUUCAAGACAUAAUGAAAGAGAAGUUCAUACCUGACGAUGAUAUGAUGCAGUCUUUGAGGGAUACUUCUUUUGAGUGUAGUCCUGUUUCUCCGCUCACUAAACAGCUUAUGUUGACUCUCCGCUUUGACACCAUUGAGGAGGAGUUGUCUUCUGUCAUAACUCCUAAAAGAACAACGCACUCUAAAGUUGUCCGAAAAAUAUCGAUGACACCUCGCAUUUACGAGGAGCUUAUAAAAAGUCCUGAAGUUUUUGAAAUUCGAAGAAGAAGCACCGGUUUGCAGCGUUUUGCCACCUUUGAAAGCAGACGGUCGUUGUUUAGCAACAAGAGAGACAGGCCUGAAAAUCUACCAUGUCAGAAAAGUAAAAGAGCAAGGCACUCCACCGAAAAACAGUGUCAAGAAUUGCAGAGUGAAGAAAACGACUUGGUCAAAAUUGUCGAUGCCAUGGAGGCUGUUUUAGAGAGAGAUGGCAUUACAGGGGACGGACAAACAACGCUGGGACUUCCAACCAUUCCAGGGAAACACCCUGACCUGAACAAUAUCUCCGCAGAAACUUUAGGCAAACUAAUGAAAGGCGAAUAUGCGGACACUAUCGGAAGUUUUCGUAUUAUUGACUGCCGCUACCCAUACGAGUUCGAAGGAGGUCAUAUUGAGGGUGCAGAAAAUAUUUACACGGAAGAGGGCAUCUUUGAUCUACUUCACUCCAGCAACAAAGACGAUACGAGCAACCAUAAGCGCAACAUUCUUAUCUUUCACUGUGAAUUUUCUUCUGAGAGAGGCCCUAAGAAAUGCCGACUACUCAGAAACAAAGACAGAGAGCUAAAUAAAGAAAACUACCCAUUCCUUAAAUUCCCAGAAAUUUAUCUUUUGCACAACGGAUACAAAGAGUUUUAUACAACCAACAAGACUCUAUGUGAGCCACAAAGCUACAAGCCUAUGCUGCAUAAAGAUCACUCGAACGACCUGAAGUUUUUCCGACAAAAAUCCAAAUCCUGGUCAGCGGGAGAGAAGAGAAAACACGCACGUCAAUUUCUCAGAUUGUAA